UUAUUGUUUUCAUCUACUUUUAGUAGCGUGUUAGUACUCGUAUAAACAGAUAUCAGUGCACAAGGUAUUUGAACAAUUCUGUAGAUGUAUGAAAUAGGCUUUAUCUGUUUAUUGAGUCGUGUCUGUGUAGCUAUGGUACGGUAAGCUGGCGAGAGAUUAGGGUAUUUAACGCAACAGUUUCAACAUCUGGCAGUCUGGACAUUGUCUGCAUGCUGGCAUGACAAGAUAUAAAAAAUACGUAGAACUUUUAACAUAAUGACAGAAACCUUAUAUUCUGAACUUCAUAAUGUACGAUAUAAAACACAAGAUGCUGAAGACAGGCAAGUAUCUAUCAAGAUUACAGUGGAAAUACAAACGACGACAUCUCCUUUACAUCGGAAAGAUCUACUUGUCAGAUUAACAGAUGAUAACGAUCCCUUCUUUUUGUUCAAUCUUUGUCUCGGAGAAGAAGAUUUCCAAAGCUUGAAAACUCAACAAGGACUGCUUGUGGACUUCAGUGCUUUUCCACAAAGAUUUACUGGAUUAUUACAACAGUGUAGACUUGAAGAAAAUAAAGAAACACCAAAAUUUUUAUUACAGUUUGAAUCAUCAGGAAACUGUGGGUUUCAACCUAGUUUCAGUGGUUCAGGGAAUGGAUCUGGUUUAUUGAAUGUUAUUGAAACAAAUCCAUUCAAACAUCUAACUCAUCUGUCGUUACAAUUUGUUCCUGGAAAUGAUUCUGAUGUGAAAAAAUAUCUGGCAACAUGUUUAAAAAAGACCAUGGAACAUCGAGACAAAUUGGAGUCUCGUCUGUCAUCUACUGAACGCGAACUCGGCCAGAUGUUAGAAAAGACGCAAUCAGAACUUAAACAAAAAACUAAAGAUCUCGAUAAACUCAGAUUUGACGCUACAGGUCACACUGAAAAAUUGAGUACAUUACAUGCUCAAGAUAUAAAUAGUGAAAGAGAGAAAGCACUCAAGAUUCAAUCUGAAAUGCAGCAGCGACAUGACAGAGAGAGGAAAGAAAUGGAGACAUCUUAUCAAAAAACUGUUCGUCAACUAGAGAAAAGACUUUCUGAUGUGGAAAACAUUAAUAAGGAAUUAACGGACAGGCGAUAUAGGGCUGAAGCAACAAUACGAGAACAGAAAGCCAGAUUAACUGGAACAGACGAUGAAUUAAGAAGAUGCAGAAACGAACUUCAACAAUCAAGAAGGGAAAAUAAUGCUUUGGAUGCAGAGAGACACAAUCAGGAUAAAAAUCUUCAACAAUUAAAGACGAGAGUUGCAGUUAUUGAACAAGAAUUAUUAGAUAAAGAACAGCUCAUGUCAAGAAUAACAAGUUCAUUAGAAACAUCUCAGGAUGUUAAGUCGCAAUCAGAGCAAAGAAUAUCUGAACAACAAACACAAAUCAGAAAAUUAGAAAAUACGAUAAAGACAAUGUCUGAAGAGUUAUUAAAGGGCAAUGAGAUUAUUAAACGUUUACAAGGUGAAUUAAGAGGUUAUAUGGGAAAAGUUAAACUUCGUAAUGAAGUAACAACGAGACAAGAAAAAUUAAUCGGAGAAAAAGAACAAACAAUGGAAAAAUUAAAAAGAGAUUUAGAUACUGCCACUAAUAAUGUUAAGUCACGAGAAGACGAAAUAGGAAAACUGAAAAAUCAGUUGGAAACGACUAUCGAAAAAUUAGAAGAAAGCAGAGGUUUAUUAAAGACUAAUGAAAACGUUAUAAGCUGGUUGAACAAGCAGUUAAACGAGCGUCAGAUCGGAUCGGUAUCUGCUGUUCCACCAAGACAUCCUACUACUGUGACAUCAGUUCCAAAUCAUUUUACUCAUUCAAAUGUUGGAAUUGAUCCUUCUUCAAUUAAUUCCUUCAAAUCACAAACGAGAAAUCCACCACAGCCAAAUUACAGCACUCCAGUUGGGUCAACUCCACAGGCUUUACACCUUUCAGGUCCCAACAUUACCCCAGGGCUAGGAGCCAGUCCAGUGAUUAUGCCAGCGCCACGCCCACCAAUUCUGGUGGGAGGGGCAGGGGAUGCGGGAAUUAGGCAGAUGAAGCCACAUCCUGUUUCUAAUCGUCCACAAAUUCGUUAUAAUCCUGCAACUGAAAAUCAACCACCAGCUAAUAAAGAGAAUUUUUCACCGAAACCGGCAAGAGAUAAGAGUCCUGCUCCCGGCAUAGAUCCAAAGUAUUUGACGUGUUCCUCUGAACGUAAUUCAUCUGACAGUAGUAAUGAUAGUAACGCUGGAAAUCGACAUUUCUCAUCGUUGCCUCAAAGCAACAGAUUAAGCCAACAGGCUCUGCAUCAGGCAACGAUACCACCGUCUCGUCAAGGUAUGACAACACGACCAAGACCGAUUGUCGGAUCAGAUCGCGUUGUUGUCCAAUCUCAACCUAAUGUGGUUUCAGCAUAUUUCACUGGAGCAAUUCCAAAAUCUCAACCGACUUGAGCACCAGCAAUUUUCAAGUGCACUAAUAUUGCAAUUUGUAAUGAGCUUAUCGGGUAAUUGGAGGGUGUAUGGUAAUGCUUAACACCCUGCUCUAUGAAAUACCUAAAUAUCAUUGGUUGGACAAUUGGCGGAAUAUUUGUUUCAUAAACACCAAAAGAAUGUUCCGACUUAUGUUAUAAUAAAAGUUAUUUCUUGAAUCAUCCAAUUAAGGGGAGUCACGCAGUUCUGAACUCGAAUUCUAUAUGCUUAACAAUUUGCAAGCGACAAUUUUCGACCGAAUCAUAAUUGAACACUGUUCAAUUAUUCUGAAAUGAUUAUUCUGAAAACAUUCUGAAAUGAUUUGUAUCUUUAAAAUGAAUUAUCGAAUAAGAUCUGUUCCACAAGGAAAAUUAUUCAAUCAAAACUUUCACAAAUUCGUAGAAAUCAAAUAUAGGUAUGCAGAAUGAUUGAGAUAAAUACUAUAAUUGUAUUCUCUAUUUUAUUCUGUCAGAAUUCAACUAUUUUUUUGUCUAUCAUAAGAUAGGAUUGACAUAUUUAUCCCAAAAGAAAAAAAUAAAUAAAGAGACAUUUUCAAAUGAAAAUAUUCCAACUGAUUCCUAAAGUUAAAAUUAUACUAUAUCGAAUACAACCAAUUUCGAAUGUAUUUAAACAUAAUUCAUAUGAAUAACAUAUUUAAACUUAAUUCUGCUUUUUCUAACGAUGCUAAGUAUAUAACGUUGUAUUGUUCCGUAUUAGCUGCUUUAUUGUUACUAUUUAUCCUAGUUUUCUCAUCUCACUCUCUCACUUUUUCAUCUUAUUUUCUUGUAUUCUAUAAUCAUUAGACGAACCCUAUCCUACCUCAUGGGUUAUAAGUAGCUGCAUGUUAUAUACAAUAUGGAAUUCAGUAUGGGUUUAAGGUAACCAGACUAUUCCAAUACGUUUUCAAAAUUCUUUAUCUUGAUGAAUUAUGGGGAAUUUUUCACAAACAUUAACUAUACUGCAAUUGUACCAAACCAGGAUUCAUAACCUACAGCAGAGGUGUGCAACCUGCACCCCGCGUGCCAAAUGUGGCCCACAAAGAAAAUUAUGUGGCCCGAGAGACAAGUUUUCAAUU